AGGAGGGCAGAGGCGGAGGGGAGGGCCGAGGGUUGGUGGAGGAGGAGGAAGCUCCCGACGACGACUAGAAAAAGGAGGCGGGCGGCCCGAGCCCCAGGCCCCUCCCAGGCUCUGAGUCUCCCCGGUUGCAGGCGAAUGGAUGGGGCUUCUUCAGGCGGCGGCGGCAGUAGCGAGGGUGGCGGCGGCAGCGGCGGCAGCGGCUAUGGUGUGGUGGCUCGAUUCUCCCAGUGCCUGGCUGAGUUUCGGACGUGGUUAAGAACCAACUGGUUGAGGUUCAAUGCAGACAAGACGGAUGUGAUGCUGAAAAUGUGCAUCAGAUGUUUAUGUUUAAUUGGUUUACAGACUGUCUAUGGACUCUUUUCCUGUCAAAUUACCAGCCAUCUGUUGAGUCUUCAAGUCCAGGAGGUUCAGCAACAUCAGAUGACCAUGAAUUUGAUCCAUCAGCUGACAUGCUGGUUCAUGAUUUUGAUGAUGAACGAACAUUAGAAGAGGAAGAAAUGAUGGAAGGAGAAACAAACUUCAGUUCUGAAAUAGAGGAUCUUGCAAGGGAAGGCGACAUGCCAAUUCAUGAACUUCUCAGCCUUUAUGGUUACGAUAGUACUGUUCGACUACCUGAAGAAGAUGAGGAGGAAGAGGAAGAAGAGGAAGAAGUUGAAGAUGAUGAAGAUGCUGAUAAUGACGACAACAGUGGCUGUAGUGGGGAAAAUAAAGAAGAGAAUAUAAAGGAUUCGUCAGGUCAAGAGGAUGAAACUCAGUCUUCCAAUGAUGACCCGUCACAAUCUGUUGCUUCUCAAGAUGCCCAGGAAAUUAUCCGCCCACGUCGAUGUAAAUAUUUUGAUACAAAUAGUGAAAUUGAGGAAGAAUCUGAAGAAGAUGAAGAUUAUAUUCCAUCAGAAGACUGGAAAAAGGAGAUUAUGGUGGGCUCCAUGUUUCAAGCAGAGAUUCCAGUUGGCAUUUGUAGAUACAAAGAAAAUGAAAAAGUAUAUGAAAAUGAUGAUCAGCUCUUGUGGGACCCUGAGUAUUUACCAGAAGAUAAAGUGAUUGCAUUUCUUAAAGAUGCAUCUAGAAGAACAGGUGAUGAGAAAGGUGUAGAAGCGAUUCCCGAAGGAUCUCAUAUAAAAGACAAUGAACAGGCUUUAUAUGAAUUGGUUAAAUGUAAUUUUGAUACAGAAGAAGCAUUGAGAAGAUUAAGAUUUAAUGUAAAAGCAGCUAGAGAGGAAUUAUCGGUUUGGACAGAGGAGGAGUGUAGAAAUUUUGAGCAAGGGUUGAAGGCCUAUGGAAAGGAUUUUCAUUUGAUUCAGGCUAAUAAAGUCCGAACACGGUCAGUUGGUGAAUGUGUAGCAUUCUAUUACAUGUGGAAAAAAUCUGAACGUUACGAUUUCUUUGCUCAGCAAACACGAUUUGGAAAAAAGAAAUAUAAUCUUCAUCCUGGUGUAACGGAUUACAUGGAUCGUCUUCUAGAUGAAAGUGAAAGUGCUGCUUCUAGUCGAGCACCAUCGCCUCCUCCAACUGCCUCAAACAGUAGUAACAGCCAGUCUGAGAAAGAAGAUGGCACUAUAAGCAAUAGUAAUCAAAAUGGAGUGUCAUCUAAUGGGCCAGGCACACACCAAAUGCUUCUCUCAGUUCAUUUUCAGCCAUCAGUUCAAGAGCCAAUACCUUUUUAAAAUCUUCUGUGGUCUGUUUUUAAGGCUCAGCUGUGUAAUACAAUUGAGUAGAGGCUUGCACUGAGAGAUUAUGGUUUAGGCCUUAUCCCCAUGAAGUAUUAUUACUCACAUAUGUUCAAACUGCUUCCCUUCACUGAUGUGAACAGCUUUUUCCCCAAACAGUGUUAAAAGCCACUUUACAACCCUUCAUAUAAUGUACAUUCACUUACAACAAGCACAUCAGAGUUCUGGAUGGAAGUGUUGACAAGCCUGAGUUUUUUGUUGUUUUUGUUUUGUUUACCUAAAAUAUUAAUUUAUCCAGAAUGGCAGUAGCUUUAGCAGAUGGUCACAGUUCAUUUUCUAAACCAGAUUUUUUGAAAAUCCAAAGUAUCCUAGCUCUUUAUCAAAGGUGGUCUGUAGAAAUAUUUCAAAAGAAUGGUGGUGCUGUGCUUUGUUGCAAUAUUAGAGAUAGCAUUUUCACCUCUUUUAAAAGAUGCAUUUUGUUUGCUGGUUUGUGAAGUUCUUGCAAACUUAUAUUACAGGAGCAUUUCAAGUCCAUUCUCAGGCAUGUUUGCAAAUAAGGCACAUGUAUACAUGUUUGGAAAUUUCAUUUUUUCUGUAUUUUAUUUUUUGAAAGUAUACCUAAGAAAGACAUUCCACUACUAUAAUACAUAAUGCUCAGCUUUUCAUAAAAACUAUUCAGUUGUAUUUUUGUGUUUAUACAGGUAUUUCACAGAGUAUUUUGUUCUUCGUAAUCCAGCCACUGUAACUUGAUAAGUCAUCGCACUACUUUAAAAUUGUAGUAAUAUCAUGAGUUUAAUUUGCUUAAGAUUUGUACAUGUCAUAACUCUUGACAAAUUGCAUUGGGAAAAGCAGCCUUUGUUAAUAGUUAUUUAGUCUUCUUCACCCCACCCUUACCCCCCAGCAAAGCACUACUAUCAUUUUCAUUUGGAAUGGAAUUCUGUUUCAUGAUCUGUUUUCAAAUAGAGUUCAGAAUCUGCAACUCAUUUCAACACAAGUCUGUUGAGCUUUAUAUUUGAAGUAAUAUUUAAAUAGACAUUUAAAAUUAUGAACUAGAUGUUUUUAAAUUUAUGGAUAGUAAUUUUGCACUGUAAAAUAAUUCCUUUCUCCCAUUCCCUUUCUGCCAUUCUGAAUAUGCUUAUUAAAAUAUUUUUUUAAACAUACUUGUCUACAUAAUGUGGUGUGAAUGAUUUUCAUUGGAUUUAUUGAGAUUUUAGUUACGGAUUUUAAGAUUGUAUGAUGAACAUUGUCCACAGUGCAAAAAUAUAUAAACCUCUUUUGCAUCUAAAACUCCUAAACAUCGUGCAUGAAGUUGCUUUUCAGGGGUCUGCUUUAUUUUGGGUGGUACAUUUUUGUCUUUUUUUCCAGUCCCUAGAGAGAUCCUUUAGUCUGUGAACCUCUUCUGUUUACCUUUUUUCUCUUCCUCUGGACUGUAUAACUAAAAAUAAUUUUUUCAUUUGCAGUGCAGUUCAUAUCACAUAAUAUUUUGUAGGAAAUUUGUAUUGCCACAUUUUGCUAUUAAUGAAAAAAUAGGAGUGGGUACUUCAGGUAACUGAGGGUUGGUUAAUUUCCGUUAGCAGUAGUUAGAUGG